AUGCGCACGUUGUGGACGUUAUCGGCACUGGCUCUGUCAGCCGAAGCCAUCAAAACAACUGGAUGUCCUCUUUUGGGACCAUCUUUCCCUGCCCCUACCGCUCUGUCAAAGAACCCCAGCUUUCUCAGCAAAGCUGAGGAGCUGACCUCAAAGCUCAACGGAGCCAUUGGAGAUGGAAGUCUACCUUCCAUCUCUUUCGCAGUGCAGGUCUUCAGCAGCGAGGAGGACGAUUCUGCCUUCGGUUUCUACCACACAGAUGAUCCAAUUAAAGUUGGAUCAGUGGGGGUCCAAGAUGUGAACGAGGAUACUAUGUUCCGCAUUGGCAGCAUAUCAAAGCUGUGGACCAUGUUUCUUCUCAUGACCUUGGGAGGAACACGGUACUUCCACGAGCCAGUUUCGAAAUACGUGCCUGAGCUGCAAACAAAGUAUAGUUCGGCACAAACAAAAGACAAAAUUAAUUAUUUGCAAUGGAGCGAUGUGACGAUUGGUGAACUGGCUAGUCACCAAGCAGGCCUUGCAAGAGACUAUGCAUUUGGAGACCUCGGAUUCCAGUCAGACCUUCUUCAAACCCUGGGGUUCCCUUCGCUUCCAGACAAUGAGAAACUGACUUGUGGGAGCAAGGAUACAUGCGAUAGAGAAGAAUUCUUUCGUGGCAUUCUGAAAACGCGUCCGUUGACGUCGACCUCACAGACACCGAUAUACUCGAACGCAGGAUAUCAAAUUCUAGGAUAUGUAUUGGAGUCAAUCGCAAAAGCCGACUACGAAGCCAUAUUAAUGGACCGCCUUAUCAAACCACUCAACUUGACUCGAUCUUGUCUUCACGUUCCAAAUCCCAGCUUGGCGGUGAUCCCCCACAAUGAGACUUCCAGUUGGUUUGAUUAUGAGUUUGGCGAGGAAUCUCCUGCUGGAAACAUCUUCUCUUCAGCAAAGGAUAUGGCCACGUUCGGCCGUGCCGUUCUUUCCAGCGCCCUUAUUGACUCUGCCGAGACAAGAAGGUGGCUGAAGCCGGUAGUACACACGUCCUCCCUGAAACAUUCCGUGGGCGCCCCCUGGGAGAUUUAUACCUUUUUGACACCUCGUCGGGUCGACCUAUACACCAAGGCUGGGGAUAUCGGAUUGUACUCUAGCUCUAUCGCCCUUUCACUAGAUUAUAAUGUCGGUUUCACGGUUCUAGUCGCCGGUGGUAAUUCACACGCGAUGACAUCGACAAUCGGGGAGAUGGUUGCCGAUAUUAUGCUUCCCACGCUUGAGGAAGUAGCUAAAAACCAAGCUAUUGAACGCUUUGGGGGCACAUAUGCCUUGAUAGGCGGCUCCUCCAAUUCCUCCAUCACCAUCACGGGCGAUGACGGGGCUGGCUUGGUAGUCUCAGCAUGGACGAGCAACUCGGUCGACAUGAUCGCGUCUUUGAUGACUUUGCAAGGAGUGACAGAUGGCUCUGCGAUAAGCAUUCGUCUACAGCCUAGUGGUCUUGAGACUCCGGGGCGGAUCUCCUUCUUGGCUGUUAUUUAUAGCCUUGAUGUCUCGGAAGAUGCUGGGCCCCUUAUUGGCUCCUGCUUCUCCUGGAUGAUGCUCGAUUCCAUGGUGUAUGGCAACGUUGGGCUCCCAGAGUUUGAGUUUGCACUUGACCAUGAUGGGGAUGCGACGAGCUUAUCCCUUCGGGCAUUGCGUGUUACUCUUCCUAAAGUUUAA